CUAUAAAUAAUGACCUUAUCAUGCUCUCUCUAACAUCCAUAAAAUACAACUGUAAUGCUUUCUCUCUCUUCCUCCAUUAACACACGUUUUCUUUCUCUCUCUCUCUAGAAAUGGGAACCGCAAUUCUCCGUUCCCACGAUUGCCUUCAACGUAGGUUUCUUCCUAACGACGCCUUGUCAGUCCCUUCCUCACCGAUUCGAUCUCGAAAAAACUGUAGCCCCAACCCUAACUGCAAGUCCUAUGUCAAUCAGAAUCGUCGCCGGAAACGGAGUCCGGUUUCCACUUCUCCGGCGGCUAAACAAAACGAUCGGAGAAAAUCCGGUGAUCGGACGGUUGCUCCUGUGAAUCUUGUUAUGGGACAAGUUAAGAUUCUUAAAAGAGGUGAGAAGUUGAGUCCGGAGAUUAGCGAUGAUGCAGGACUCGUUAUGAAGGCUAUGGAUCUGGAUCUGGAUCUAGAUUUGGACCAACCGGAUUUGGUGUUGGGAUCUACGGAUCGGUUUGGACCUGAUCCAGUAGCCAUGCAGAAACAGAUUAGGGUUUCGGAUUCGAAUUUGAAAGACGGAAUUUAUGCUGGAUCGGCGUUUUUUUCUUCUCCUCCUCCGAGUUCCGUUCCGGUUCCUUUGUUUUUGCGGAAGAACGGUGUCGCCACCAGUGAUUUGAGGCGGUUGUUACGGCUUGAUUUGGAAUGAUUAGUUGAUUUUCGUUUUUUGUUUUUUGUUACUUUUCCGAAGUAGAUGAUUGUCAUGGAUGGAUGUUUGUUCGCAGUGUCCCUAGUGUGCUUCCUUUAUUUUUUCAAGAGGAUUGCAUGUAGGGUGUGAACGUAUGAAGUAUGAAGAAGUGUUGAAAGGGAAGCAAAGGUUUUAGUAUUGAUGAAAAGGUUUAAUCGUUCGGUGUUUAGUUCCUGAUAGGGGACUUAGUUACAAUUAGGUUUUGGGGUUAGUUCAUAUGUUGAUGACAAAAGGGGUGGAUCUCUUGUAAUUUCCUUAGUCUGAUAUACGUGAAUAUAGACUAUAGUGUUUGAAUUUAGGGUGUUUGAUUUUCAUGUUGGAGAAUAAAGUUGGCUGUUUUAGGUCUAGGUUUCAGGUCUUUGGUUUUAUUUUGUGUUUAUUUUUCUACUGGUGUACUAGUAUUUGUGAAAUUCAAUUGUAAUAGAAGAAAGCUUUUAGUAUUAGCUUUACUUUUCUUUGGUAA